AUGGCACCUAUAUCUAAGUCCGAAGAAUAUGACUUCCUCGUUAUUGGUGGGGGCAGCGGCGGUCUUGGGGCUGCUCGCAGAGCGGCGAGCAGGUUCGGGCAAAAAGUUGCAAUCGUGGAAAAUAGCGGCCGACUCGGCGGCACUUGUGUGAAUGUUGGCUGCGUCCCCAAGAAGGUGUGCUGGAACGCUGCGUUCAUUGCAGAAACAAUUCAUGAUGCUGGCGGGUAUGGGUUUAAACUCGAACAGAAAGCACCUUUCGAUUGGACUUCAUUUAAACACAAAAGAGAUGCGUACAUAAAACGUCUAAACGGCAUCUAUGAGCGAAACCUGGACAAGGAUGGUGUCGAAUAUAUUUCCGCACAUGCCAGCUUAGUCUCCCCUAAUGAAGUAGCCCUGCGGGCGAUUGAUGGUUCCCAGGAUAUUAAAACCGUCAAAGCGAAAAAGAUAUUGAUAGCAACAGGAGGAUACCCUAUUACACCAAGGAGCAUCCCCGGUGCUGAGCUUGGUAUAACCAGCGACGGCUUCUUUGACCUGGAGACGCUUCCGAAAAAAGUGGCUUUAGUGGGCGCUGGAUAUAUCGCGGUCGAGCUUGCUGGAAUCUUCAAUGCGCUCGGCUCUGAAACCCAUCUUUUUAUUCGAGGGGAAACAGUCCUGCGAAAAUUCGAUCCCAUGAUUCAAGAAGUUCUCACAAACCACUACGAGAAGAUAGGGAUCAAGAUCCAUAGGAAUUCGAAGCAAUUUCAAAAAAUCGAAAAGUCUGAAUCGGGUGAAUCGUUGAUACUCCAUGGGGAGGGUGGAAGUCAGUUGGAGGUCGAUACCCUCCUUUGGGCUAUAGGAAGAGCACCGCUCGUCAACGGCUUGGGCCUCGACCAAGCUGGCGUUGAGUUGGAUAGCGAAACCGGUUUUGUCCGGGUUGAUGACUACCAGAACACCAACAUUAGGAAUAUAUACGCACUUGGGGAUGUAUGUGGCAAAGUGGAGCUGACACCCGUUGCGAUUGCCGCGGGCCGGAGACUCGCUGAACGUCUGUUUGGACCACCUGAAUUCUCCACGAAGAAGCUAGAUUACGAGAACGUCCCGUCCGUUGUUUUCGCACACCCUGAAAUUGGAGCAAUUGGCUUGUCUGAACCAGAGGCUCGAGCGAAGUAUGGGGACGAGAAUAUUAAAAUUUACAAGACCUCCUUUAUUGCCAUGUACUAUGCAAUGCUGGAGAAUAAGGGCCCGACUUCAUAUAAAUUGGUAUGCGUUGGACCCGAGGAAAAGGUGGUUGGUCUUCACAUCAUUGGUCUCGGGAGUGCCGAAAUGCUUCAAGGGUUUGGUGUUGCUAUGAAGAUGGGGGCUACGAAGGCAGAUUUCGAUAGCUGUGUCGCGAUCCAUCCAACGAGUGCAGAAGAGCUGGUUACAAUGACUUAG